AGCGAGUAUUGCGAAAUCCAGCUUCAAAUCUCCACCUAAGAAAUUAGUUACUGUUUCUCAGAUCUAAAGUGAAAUUCAGAGAUGGCAGAGAUUGCAAUGGCAAGUGUUAUCAGCAAGGUUGUAGAUAUAUCUGCCGCCCUGCUUGUCAAGCAAGGCUCUCGAUUAAAUCAGUUGCAAGAAAACAUCAAUUGGAUUGAAAGAGAAUUGAGAAAUAUUGAAUCUUACCUGAAGGAUGCAGAGGCCAAGAAAUCUGAAAGCCAUAGAGUAGCAAAUUUGAUAAAGGACAUCGAACACCUUGCUAGCGAUGUGGAGGACAUUUUGUACACGUUUCUUCCCCAAAUAGAAUCACGCAGAUCAAGCAGCUUAAUCAGAAAGGCCGCCGGCACUUUAUGUUAUGUCCGCACUUGCCGUAGUUUUGCUGUGGAGAUUGAGAAUAUCAAGCAACGAGUUAAUGAAAUUGAUCGCACCCGAAGAACAUAUGGCAUUGACGAUACUAAUGGUGGCAGCUUCAACAGGUUUCAGUUGGAUCCCAGAGGUGCCUCUCUUCAUGUUAAUGAACCCAUCAUCGUUGGUUUUGACAGACAAGUGGAAGAACUAAAGGCAAGGCUGUUAAGCACAAAUUUGGAGUGCUGUUUCAUCUCGAUUGUGGGUAUGCCAGGUUUAGGGAAGACCACUCUUGCAAAGAAAAUCUUUAACAGUGUAAAAGAGAACUUUAAAUGUUCGGCUUUGGUUUGUGUUUCUCAAGAGCCAAGUAUCAUAGAUAUUUUGAAAAAUGUGGCAAAACAAGUCGGUUUGGAGAAGGAAAAGCAGGAGGAGAACUUGGAAGCCAAUUUGUGUGCAUUUCUACAGGAAAAAAGGUUUGUGAUUUUCUUCGAUGAUAUCUGGCAUAUUGAAUCUUGGGAUACUUUAAGACUUGGCAUACCUACUCAUUCUCAGAAUGGUAGUAGAAUAAUUAUUACUUCUCGAAAUUCAAGUGUUGGAAGGUACGUUGGUAGUGAAAGUUCUUUGCAUGUGUUAGAACCCUUAGACCCCGAAAAUAGUUGGGAACUUUUCACCAAAUUGAUAGCGUCCUCUUUGACAAAAGGAUUGGAAGACAUUGGUAAGCAGAUAGUAGAAAGAUGUGGUGGCAUGCCACUAGCCAUUGUAGUCACAGUAGGAAUGUUGCGGGAGAGAGAGACGAGUGACAUUGAAUGGAAAUGGGUAUUUAAGAACAUAGGCCAAGAUGAUCAAGAUAAAUGUUCGAAAAUCUUAGCCUUGAGUUACAAGGAUUUACCGACUGCGCUAAAACCCUGCUUUCUUUACUUUGGACUUUACCCUGAGGACCAUGAAAUUCUAGCAACAGAGCUGAUACAUAUGUGGACAGCUGAGAAAUUCCUGCAAGGUAUAGGCGAUCUGGAGCCCGAGGAUGUGGGAGAGGAGUAUGUCAAGAAAUUGGUUGCUAGAAACUUAAUUCAAGUUGUUAGUGGAAGAUUUGAUGGAAGGGUAAGAAGUUGUAGAAUCCAUGAUCUUUUGCACAGCCUUUGCAUUAACCUGGCUAAAGAAAACAACUUUUUUUACACUCUUGAUCAUCUGAAUUCGAGUUCUGCUAUGAGAGCGCGCAGACUUGUCACUCGCCACCAUAGUAAUAACGAGUACUUUGCUUUAAAUCUCAAGACACCUAAACUUCGUGCAUUUUUUUUCUCUUCCAACAAUAAUGAGAAAAUCCCGCGGAAACAUCUGAAAAGUUUUCUUUCAGACUUCAGAAUAUUAGGAGUGCUGAGUCUAAGAUUCAGCAAAUCAGAUUUGUACAUUCCAAAUGAAAUUGGAAAUUUGAGCCAGUUGACAUGCUUCCGCCUAAUUGGGUAUUAUGCCAAAGUGCCUUGCGCUAUAUGCAAACUUAGAAAGUUGCAGACCUUUGAUAUUCAAGAAUGUGAGUUUGUAGACCUUCCUAUUUGUAUUUGGAAAAUAAAAGAGUUGAGACACCUUCUCCUAUGUGCCAUCCGAUUUUCAUCAUUCAAUUGGGGAUUUAGGUCUAAAACGGCAAAACUAAAUCACCUGUUGGAAGUUUCUUUACCUUAUCUCCAAACUCUAGUUGGGAUUGAAGGGGAGCAAUUGAAUCCGAUCUGGCUGCGCAAAUUCCGAAAUUUAAGGAAAUUGGAAGUAUUAUAUUGUCCACGAGGAAUCAUUGAGGAACUAUCCUAUGCAGAGCCGAUAUCAGCAAAACUCGAGAACCUGAGGCUACGAUCAUCAGUUUUUGGGCACGAUCAAACUGUAAGAUUGGAUCUAUCACGAUAUCAAAAUCUUGUUAGGUUGCGUAUAGGUUAUGGGAUGAAGAAGCUGCCUAAUGCCGAUGAAUUUCCACCUAACCUCAUCAAGCUAACAAUUGCAUCUACAUAUCUUGAGAAGGAUCCAAUGGAAGAACUGAAGAAAUUACCCAAGCUCAAAAUCCUGAAACUUGGAUUUGAUUCCUACAGAGGCACAAAGAUGGACUGUUCAGGAGCACACAGUUUUCUUCAGCUCGAAAUGCUGCAAAUUCGAGGCUUGGAGGAGUUGGAGAAGGUUAUAGCAGAUGAAGAAGGAAUGCCANCUCUACAAGAACAAUUGAUGGAGCAUGGGAGUUGUUUGAAAGGAUGGCUACAACUUCAGCUAUAUCACAGUACUGCUACUUGCCCAAUUCUGGCACAAGGAGUAGAACAUGCAGAAUUUGCACAAUGGGGUCAGCGCCAGCAGAAUAACCCACAUUCAGAAACUUUCAAUCAAGAGGAUAAGUUCGAGAAAUUUAUGACACACACCAAUCAGUACAUGGAAGCCAAUGACCAAUUUAUGCGAAGGACGGAAACAACGCUUCAAGAUCAAAGUGCAGCGAUCAAGAACUUGGAGACACAAGUGGGACAUAUAGCAAUUUCCAUAAGAGGUAGAGCACCGGGAAACCUACCCAGCAAUACUGAAGUUAACCCUAAGGAACAUGCAAAGGCUAUAACAACCAGAAGUGGAGUACAACUGCCGGAACCACAUGUAAAAAGUUCGGGAGCCAACAAGGAAUCAAUGCCAACCUUGGAGGAAGAAAGUGUGGAGCAAACUGACAAUGCAACAGGAGAUGAGGUUAAGAGGAAUUCCAAGACAUCACAGGGUAAAAAUGCAAAUCCUGUUAACCCUCAUGAGCCUCCUAUUCCAUUUCCACAAUGGUUGAGAAAGCACAAAAUGGAUCAGCAAUACAGAUAUCCUUUCCAACAAGCGAAAGAUAGAAGAACACGAAACAGUAAUGUUGACUGA